GUUCACAGACAAUCCCCCUCUCAUUCACUGCACCCACACACACACACAAUGGCCGAUAUCCCCGUCGAAAGGCUCGCCAUCGCCGACCCACCAAUCCCACAACACGAUUUCUCAAACCGUGUCUUAAUCCGAUCAAUCUUAACCCGACCCGACGGCGGCGCAGGUUUAUCGGGCCAAAUCAUAAAAGUGGGCGGGUGGGUCAAAAAAGGCAGAGAACAAGGAAAAGGUUCAUUUGCUUUCUUGGAACUUAACGAUGGAUCUUGUCCAGCAAACUUACAGUUAAUUAUUCACUUAACUGAUGAUGUUAAACCCUUGAGCCAGUUUACUUCAACCGGCACGUGCUUGCACGUGGAAGGUGAGUUACAAAUGCCACCUCCAGAUAAACAAGGUAAACAGAUGAUUGAACUUAGGGUUUUGAGAGUUAUUGAUAUUGGACUUGUUGAUUCUGCUAAGUAUCCUUUGCCGAAAACCGCUUUGACUCUCGAAUUUCUUCGCGAUUACGUUCAUCUUCGUCCGAGGACCAACACUAUUGCUGCAGUUGCACGUAUUCGCAAUGCACUGGCUUAUGCCACUCACACCUUCUUUCAAAAGCAUGGAUUUUUGUAUGUCCAUACUCCGAUUAUCACAACUAGUGAUUGUGAAGGUGCUGGAGAGAUGUUUCAGGUGACAACUUUGAUAAAUGAAGCGGAAAGAAUUGAAAAGGAAUUGAUUACACAUCCUCCCCCGUCUCAAGAAGAGGUGGAUAUGGCCAAGGGUGUUGUGAAGGAAAAAGGAGAGAUAGUUGCGAAAUUGAAAGCUGACAAAGCUGGAAAGCCUGCGAUAACAGCUGCAGUUGCAGAACUCACUAAGGCUAAAGAGGAUCUUGCAAAGGUUGAAGAGAGGUUUAACAUGAAACCUGGCAUUCCAAAGAAGGAUGGGAAGGUUGACUAUGGUCAAGAUUUCUUUGCACGCCAGGCGUUUUUGACCGUUUCGGGUCAACUUCAAGUUGAGACCUAUGCUUGUGCACUUAGCAAUGUUUACACUUUUGGGCCAACUUUUAGAGCUGAAAAUUCUCAUACGUCACGCCAUCUUGCAGAGUUUUGGAUGGUUGAGCCUGAAAUAGCAUUUGCUGACAUUGAGGAUGAUAUGAAGUGUGCGGAAGCAUAUGUUAGGUUUAUGUGCAAAUGGUUACUUGACAACUGUCUUGAUGAUAUGGAAUUUAUGGUUGAGAAAUUCGAUAGAAAUGCUAUUAGGCGGCUAGAAAUGGUUGCUUCAACCAACUUUGUACGCCUUUCAUACACCGAAGCAGUGGCAAUCCUCGAGGAGGCUGUUUCAAAUGGCCACAAGUUUGAGAACAAAGUAGAAUGGGGAAUAGACUUGGCAUCUGAACAUGAAAAAUACUUGACAGAGACAAAGUUUGAGUCUCCUGUGAUUGUAUACAACUAUCCUAAAGGAAUUAAAGCAUUUUACAUGAAACUCAACUCUGACAAGAAAACGGUAGCCGCUAUGGAUGUACUUGUGCCAAAGGUGGGUGAACUAAUAGGAGGAAGCCAGAGGGAAGAGAACUACGAGGUUAUCAAAGAAAGGAUUCUUGAAAUGGGAUUGCCACUGGAGCCAUACGAGUGGUACCUUGAUCUGCGCCGCUUUGGGACCGUGAAGCACAGUGGCUUCGGUCUAGGGUUCGAAAGGAUGAUUCUUUUUGCUACAGGGAUUGACAAUAUAAGGGAUGUGAUCCCUUUCCCUAGGUUUCCAGGAAGGGCAGAUCUUUAAGGUACAUGGGAUAAUACAGAUACAUUAGAUUGCAUCAAAUCAUUCCUUUUGCUUUUAGUAUUAAUCAGCAACAUAGUAUUUUCAUUGCUAUUUGGAUACACAUGUAAGAAUUUGUCGCUACUUGCUUCUUUAUUGUCCUGUUUGGUGUUGUUAAAGACUUAUUUACUUUCACUGUAACAAUUUGUAAUCUGGCCAAACCAACUGGAACAAAAUUAUCUGAAAUCUUAAUGACUACAUUAUAUUAGAGUUCA